ACUUAAAUUUCACCUGUGAUGGGAAUUCAGUUAUCAGCCCGGUGGGGAACAGAGUCACUGUGUUUGAUCUUAAGAACUUCCUGUGCCUAUGCUUUUGUGCAACAAAUCCGAUACCCUGCCCCUGGCCACGAGGUUCAACGUGAGGUGUGUGGGUCUGUCCCCUGAUGGCCGGCUGGCCAUCAUCGUCGAUGAAGGGGGCGCUGCCCUGCUGGUCAGCCUGGUCUGUAGGUCCGUGCUACACCACUUCCACUUCAAGGGCUCCGUGCACAGUGUCUCCUUCUCCCCAGAUGGCAGGAAGUUUGUUGUUACAAAGGGCAACAUCGCUCAGAUGUACCACGCCCCUGGGAAAAAGCGGGAAUUCAAUGCAUUUGUCCUGGACAAAACCUACUUUGGGCCAUAUGAUGAGACCACGUGCAUUGACUGGACAGAUGACUCCAGGUGCUUUGUGGUUGGGAGUAAGGACAUGUCCACCUGGGUGUUCGGAGCUGAGCGCUGGGACAACCUCAUCUAUUAUGCGCUGGGCGGGCACAAGGAUGCCAUCGUGGCCUGCUUCUUUGAGUCCAACAGCCUGGAUCUGUACUCAAUCAGCCAGGACGGAGCCCUUUGUGUGUGGCAGUGUGACACGCUGCCUGAGGGCCUGAGGCUGAAAGCCCCCGCUGGCUGGAAGGCGGACCUGCUGCAGCGGGAGCAGGAGGAAGAAGAGCGGGAAGAGGAGAAUGAGAGAGAGACCACCAUCCGAGGGAAGGCCACGCCAGCCGAGGAGGACAGGAAGGGGAAAGUGAAGUACCUGCGGCUGGCCAAGUACUUCUUCAACAAGGAAGGGGACUUCAACAACUUGACAGCCGCAGCCUAUCACAAGAAGGCCCACCUCCUGGUCACAGGGUUUGCGUCUGGCGUCUUCCAUCUGCACGAGCUCCCAGAGUUCAACCUCAUCCACUCCCUGAGCAUCUCAGACCAGAGGAUCUCCUCCAUCGCCAUCAACAGCUCUGGAGACUGGAUCGCCUUUGGCUGCUCAGGCCUGGGGCAGCUGCUGGUGUGGGAGUGGCAGAGCGAGUCCUAUGUGCUCAAGCAGCAGGGCCACUUCAACAGCAUGGUGUCGCUGGCCUACUCCCCUGACGGGCAGUACAUCGUCACUGGCGGGGACGAUGGCAAGGUCAAGGUGUGGAACACCCUCAGUGGCUUCUGCUUCAUCACUUUCACGGAGCACUCGAGUGGGGUCACUGGCGUGACUUUCACUGCCACUGGCUAUGUCAUCGUGAGCUCCUCCAUGGACGGCACUGUGCGAGCCUUCGACCUUCACAGGUACCGGAACUUUCGGACCUUCACGUCUCCCCGCCCCACCCAGUUUUCCUGCGUUGCUGUGGACUCUAGUGGGGAGAUUGUCUCCGCGGGUGCCCAGGACUCCUUUGAGAUCUUUGUGUGGUCCAUGCAGACGGGCAGGCUCCUCGAUGUCUUGUCUGGUCACGAAGGCCCCAUUAGUGGUCUGUGUUUUAACCCAAUGAAGUCCAUCCUGGCCAGCGCCUCCUGGGACAGGACAGUGCGCCUGUGGGACAUGUUUGACAGCUGGAGGACUAAGGAGACGCUGACCCUCACUUCUGAUGCCCUGGCUGUGACAUUCCGGCCUGAUGGCGCGGAGCUGGCCGUGGCCACACUGAGCUCGCAGAUUACUUUCUGGGACCCUGAGAGCGCCGUGCAGACAGGCUCCAUCGAGGGUAGGCGUGACCUCAAGACGGGCCGGAAGGAGCUGGACAAGAUCACAGCCAAGCAGUCAGCCAAGGGCAAGGCCUUCACCACGCUGUGCUACUCGGCGGAUGGCCAGAGCAUCCUGGCGGGGGGCAUGUCCAGGUUCGUGUGCCUCUACCACAUCCGCGAGCAGAUCCUGGUGAAGAGAUUUGAGCUUUCCUGCAACUUCUCCCUGGAUGCCAUGGAGGAGUUUCUGAACCGAAGAAAGAUGACAGAGUUUGGCAACCUGGCACUCAUUGACCAAGACGCUGGGGAGGAGGACAGCAUCGCCAUUCCGCUGCCAGGCGUGAGGAAAGGUGACAUGAGUUCUCGCCACUUCAAGCCUGAAAUCAGAGUGACUUCCCUGCACUUCUCUCCCACCGGGCGCUGCUGGGCGGCCACCAGCACGGAGGGGCUCCUCAUCUUCUCCCUGGACACCAGGAUGCUCUUCGAUCCCUACGAGCUGGACACCAGCGUCACCCCCGGGCGGGUCCGCGAGGCACUGCGGCAGGGGGAGUUCACCUGCGCUAUCCUCAUGGCCUUCCGGCUCAACGAGAGGACGCUGAUGCAGGAGGCGCUGGAGGCUGUGCCCUGGGCCGAGAUCGAAGUGGUCAGUGCAUCUCUGCCUGAGCUGUAUGUGGAGAAGCUGCUGGAGUUUCUAGCAUCCUCCUUCGAGGUGUCACGGCACCUGGAGUUCUACCUCCUCUGGACACAGAAGCUACUCCUGCUGCACGGGCAGAAGCUGAAGUCCAGGGCGGGGCAGCUGCUGCCUACGGUUCAGUUCCUGCAGAAGGGCAUCCAGCGGCACCUGGACGACGUGGCCAAGCUCUGCGACUGGAACCGCUACAACAUCCAGUAUGCCCUGGCAGUCUCUAGGCAGCGGGGCGUGAAGCGCACCCUGGAAGCAGCAGGGCCGGGGGAGGACACCGAGGCAUCAGAUGAGGACAGUCUGCACCUGCUCGGAGGCUCGGAGGAUGAGGACGAAGAGGAGGCAAUGCUGGCUUAGCCGGCACCUGCAGUGGAGACAAACCAUGUGGGCGGUCUGGGCCCUGGACACAGGAAGGGCUGGGGGUGCCCUGAGACGCUGUUGUGGGGGACCCACUCUGCUGAGGCAGCCACUUGUGCAGUCCAUGAGCCCAGCUGGCCUGGCAGAGCGGUGCAUGGCAAGUCCAGGCUCUGGGUGGUAGGUAGUCCCUGCCCUUUUCCAGGGUCAUGUUUGUGUGUUAUUUAUAUUUUUAAUACAAAGUCCUGGGGAUGAACUCGGGAAAUGCAAGAGUAAGUGUAAACUGAGUUCAAAGUGUUUAUAACAGGCACUGAAGUGAGAAGCUAAGCGUCAUACAGGGCCUGGGUGAGCAGUGUUGGACCCUGCAGGGGAACACGGCCACACUGAGGCAGGUCUGCCUCCCACCAGCCCGAGCCCUACCUGCCCACAGGGGUCUGAGAGUUCUCUAGACCCCACCCGCCUCCUGCUCCUGUAGGGAUGAAGCUGAUGCUGCCUCCCCCACUGGCCCAGGCCACACAGGCCAGGAGGGUGCACUGGAGCCAGGGUUGUCACAGCGCUCAUACCUGGAUGUCCAGCCUCCUGGUGUUUGCUCUGGGCUGCAGACCAGAGGUGUGGGGAGACAGCUCGGGCCUCAGUCCCAGCUUGCUUCUGCGCAGUACGUCAUCAGCUGGAGCUGGGCAGUCCCUGGCUGGUCACCUGCUGUGCCCUUUAGAACGUGCGGUCACUGCAGCGCCAGGCCUCUUGGUGUUGUGUGUGCUUGGUACUGUGCCGCCCAGCAGGGCUGUGGGGGGUACACGUUGCAGCUGGGAUGUGCAGUGGAAGCACAGCCUCCGUCCUGUGCUCCAGGCCAGCUGGCAGGAUCAUGGCUAAAGACCAGCAGGCCCUUCCAUCCUCAGAGAGCAAAACCAACAGCAUGCUUACUGCCUGUCUGCGGUGCUGCACUCAUUUUUGUGGUGAAGGGGAUUGAGCCCAGGUCCUCAGGCAAAUGUGUCCAGCCCUAAUAUGUCCUGGGCAUGAGUUUAAGCCCCUAGGCCAAAAGCAAGCUUCAUACGCAGUUUGGUCCAGUUCCGCUGUCUCCCCACCCCUGCUUCCUCCAGGUCUCUACCUUAUUCUGCUGCUCCCUGUCGACCCCGCACAGGUGGGGUGGACGUGCCACAGUGGCCCUCAGUCACAGCGCCACCUGGAACCCAUGCUGCUUCAGCCCCCCCGCCCCCGAGCUUCCUGAACAAAGCCCACUAACUUCUGGCCUCCCCUCAUCCCCACAGUUCCUGCUCCCCCAGACUGCUAAGUGGCACAAGCCACACACUCAUGAACCACGAAAGGGGUGCUCCCCACCUUGGGGCGCUGUUGUUAAGGAGCGGACGCUCAGGACUCGAGUGUGGACACAGGUUUGGCAGUUAUUUGGGGUAUUCUGCCAAGAUGGGUUAAAAAUCCAUUUGGAGGCAUCUUCCGGCUCUGGGUCCACACUCGGUCAGGAUAGCAGCCGCGACCUGU